UUAGAGGAAGCUUUAUGAUGUUGCGCAGCAAUAAAUGACGUGACUUCCUCCUGUUAGUAAAACAACUGAAGCUAUCCCGCUAGCCUCAAAGAUGAGUUUGUUUUUGCCCAAAUUAGCGUGCAAAAAAGAUAUAGACGAGGUUAUAAAAGGAGUCGCAGAAAAGGUCGUUGUUCUAAGGUUUGGAAGAGAUGAUGACUUAGUUUGUCUCCGGCUUGAUGAGAUUUUGUCAAAAACGGCCCACGACUUGAGUAACAUGGCGUCGAUCUAUAUCGUUGAUGUGGACAAAGCUCCAAUUUACACAAGAUACUUUGACAUCAGCUACAUCCCCUCAACUGUUUUCUUUUUCAACGGACAGCACAUGAAAGUGGAUUAUGGCUCCCCUGAUCACACUAAGUUUGUCGGCAGCUUCAAAACCAAGCAAGACUUUAUGGAUUUGAUUGAGGUGAUUUACAGAGGAGCCAUGCGAGGGAAAAUGAUUGUCCAGAGUCCCAUCGACCCUCAGAAUAUUCCCAAAUAUGAUCUCCUCUACCAUGGCAUUUAAAAUCGCCCUUCAACUUUGGGAACUUGCAUCUCAAAGGACUUUUGAGUGUGACGGACUAUGGUGAAUUUACAGAAAUACCUUUGAAAUUAAGCCAUUGAAAGGUUCAUUAAAGAAAAGAGAAAUACUUUAGUGUCUCACAUUUUGAUAUUUCUUUAAUGUUGUCUUUCCCAUACCAAACGUUCGUUGUCUUUUUUCUUUCUGCAUCUGUGCGGUAUAUUUUGAUAAAUUCAGAACAAAACCUUGAUAAGAUUUUUUAUGAGGGGGAUGGAGUGAAAAUGUCCAGAGCCAUUUGAUGUUUCCCAUGGAAAACAGCCGCGGGUCUGCAACGACUGAAUUUUAUUUUAUUGCUGUCAAAUGUAUGUGCUAUGCUACUAUAAUA